AUGACUGUUUUUCCUUAUUUUAUCUUAUAUUACCCGCUGAUUGGGCACAGGUACGCAAUCGGCCAUGCUGAGCACCAGAUCAUGGAAACGAAAAUUGGGUGGCUCGACUCAUUGGCCAAUCAAACACAACAAUUUUACACCGAACUAGCGGGUUCGGGGCCUGAUCUAAAGACGAAGUACAUCACUGCACUCUACUUCACCUUCUCCAGCCUCACCUCGAUUGGUUUUGGCAACGUCAGUCCAAAUACCAACAUCGAGAAGAUUUUUUCGAUCGUCGUCAUGCUAAUGGGCUGUACGUAUUCUCACCUAAUUCCUUUCUUUGCAAUCCUUUUUAACUUCAUCUGA